AUGGUCGACCCCUCUUGACUGAGAGCCUAUAACUCAAAGACUGUCAAACCACAGGAAGAGGAAGUUCUAACUUACAUUAUAAUUAAGCUGCAUUCAGUAUGAUACUCAGACAGUCAGCAGCAAGACAGCAUGGAGGUCACAGCUCUCUGCUUCAGACUGUUGAUGCUUGAAAUCGUUCAGUUGGGGACUCAAGUUCAGAAAAGUGAUGCAGCUUUUCUUCGUAUCACUCCAAACAGACUGCAGCACUUUGACUACGACUCAGUUUCUCUUGACUGUGUUGGGUUUGAUGACUCAACUCAGUUGAGAGGAAUCAGGAAUAAUGAGGAAUUUACUCCUGUAUGUGAUAUUAAUAAGAGGACGCCAACAGGGUCCCUCUGCACCAUUGAGGGAGCCUAUCCUGAAGACAGCGGAGAAUACUGGUGUGAGACUGAUGAUGGAGAGAGAAGCAACAGUGUCAACAUCACUGUCACUGAUAGUUCUGUGAUCCUGGAGAGUCCCGUCCUUCCUGUGAUGGAGGGAGACGAUGUGACUCUGCGCUGCAGAAACAAGACAAACUCCACCAACCUCCGAGCUGAUUUCUACAAAGAUGGCGUCCUCAUGAAGAGCACUGCAGCAGGAGAGAUGACCAUUAACAGUGUCUCCAUGUCUGAUGAAGGACUCUACAAGUGCACCUCUGAUGUUGGAACAUCACCAGAGAGCUGGUUGGCUGUCAGAGUCUUUGCAGCACGUCACAAUGAAACUCGGUGCUCUUCCUCAGACGACACCUCAGAUCAGUCCUGUCAUAUUUACCUCGUCUUAAGGACUGUGUUCACCAUUGUGAUGGUGGCUCUGCUGCUGCUGCUGGUGGGACUACUUCACUGUGGGAAACUCAAAGUUACAUAAAAAUAACAGAUACCUGCUCACAUGUAAAACUGCCAAAGUAAGGAUGAUGCUGGAAUGAUUUUUAUCUUGUAAGAUAGUUUGGUCACAAAGUUAAUGAAUUAGGAAACAUGAUAAAGCGAUUUGGGUUUGACGUUCCUUCAUAGUCUGUUUACAUUACCGUUUAUAUUAAAAAGGAGAAAUAAAAUAACAGUAUCUGGAAUGGCACAGGUUAAGAAGUUUAAAAGCAGUUAAAUACAAAAUAAAACAAAUAUAUAAUAAUAAAGGUGUAUACUGACUGUACCGGUUAAUACAGUUUGUGCAAAAAAGAGUGAACAGUGCAAAACUUGCCGUGUUAAAAAUCUUGUGUUUAUAGCAGCAUAACAGAAUAAUGUAACAGGGAAUAUAGAUAAAUAUACUGUUUAAAAAUGUAAAUAUAGCAUAUAAAUUGGUUUACAAUUUUGUAUUCUUAUGUAAAAAGUGAUAAGCCAACAACAUUUGGGUGUAGACUAUGUGGAGAAUGGUUGAGUUAAGAUUUAGGCUAUUUUUAUAUGUUUAAUAUAUUAUUUCACUUACCCACAACCUGAAAAAUAGUUUUAAUGCAGUAACUAUCAAGUCAAUCUUAAAUGCUGAAUGUAAAUAACCCUGUGAAAAGGCUUUUCAUUAGGCCCUGUUCCCCUUCAUUAUUACAUUAUCAGUGUUUCGUGUUAUAUCAUCAUUACUUUCAGUCAAAUGUCUCCCUUGAUUUGUCAGGUUUUUGUUUGAUAAAUAAUUGAAUACAUUGGUUGUGAUGUGUAGUUUGUUCUGGUUUACAGGUUUAUGAUCUGUGUCACUGUAUUUUUUCAGUUUGUUGGGGGUAGAUCAGCCAUUCAGUCAGGGAGAGUGGAAACAGGUUUGUAUCAUCAGGUUCUCUUAGCAGUGAGGAACUGGGCAUUGCUUGGAUGUGGAAAGAUAAGUGAAACUGUUCUGUAGUAAGUUACAUUUUCGUUGAACUUUUGGCACUUAUGAAUAAUUUGUGUGCUUAUAGUAGAUUGUGACUUUCAGCAGUAACAGAAAAAUCCAGUGUUUAUAACAAGCCCACCCCCAUACUUACCUGAGCAGGUGGUAUGUUCUCGUUAGGUGAGAAGGAGAUGGUAAAAAGCCAUUCAGUGGUCAAUAGGGAAGAGAGUAGUUUGCAGCUUGCUGUGAGGCUGCAGAUUUUAUUUGUUUGUGACUAUGA